GCCCGCCCCGCUGGCCAGUCCCCACGCCCACACACCCGAGGCUGCCUCAUCUGGCACUGAUUAUCCCUGCUGCUGCUGCUGCCGCUGCUAAACUCAGCUGCUGCCUCGGUCUCGAGGACCCCAGCGCCUCUCCCCCCAGCCAUGCUGCCUGCUGCCACUGCCUCCCUCUUGGGGCCCCUCCUCACUGCCUGGGCCCUGCUGCCUUUCGCCCAGGGCCAGACCCCCAACUACACCAGACCUGUGUUCCUGUGCGGAGGGGAUGUGACUGGGGAGUCCGGUUACGUGGCAAGUGAGGGUUUCCCCAACCUCUACCCCCCUAAUAAGGAAUGCAUCUGGACAAUAACGGUCCCUGAGGGCCAGACUGUGUCCCUUUCCUUCCGAGUCUUCGACUUCGAGCUGCACCCUGCCUGCCGUUACGAUGCUCUGGAAGUCUUUGCCGGGUCUGGAACCUCCGGCCAGCGGCUUGGACGUUUCUGCGGGACCUUCCGGCCAGCGCCCUUAGUCGCCCCCGGCAACCAGGUGACCCUGAGGAUGACUGCAGACGAGGGCACAGGAGGACGAGGCUUCCUGCUCUGGUACAGCGGGCGGGCCACCUCGGGCACUGGCCCCCCCCCAGGCGCGAGGCGGAAAUGGGUCACCGACCCGCGGGUGGAAUGGGCGGCCUGGGGUUACUGGGACGAGCACCAAUUUUGCGGGGGGCGGCUGGAGAAGGCCCAGGGAACCCUGACCACGCCCAACUGGCCCGAGUCUGAUUAUCCCCCGGGCAUCAGCUGUUCCUGGCACAUCAUCGCUCCCCCGGACCAGGUAAUCUCGCUGACCUUCGGGAAGUUUGACCUGGAGCCCGACACCUACUGCCGCUACGACUCGGUCAGCGUAUUCAACGGAGCCGUGAGCGACGACGCCAAGAGGCUGGGGAAGUUCUGCGGCGACACCGCCCCGGGUCCCAUCUCCUCCGAAGGAAACGAGCUCCUCGUCCACUUCGUCUCUGACCUCAGUGUCACGGCCGAUGGCUUCUCCGCCUCCUACAAGACCCUGCCGCGGGGUGCCGCCAAAGAAGAGCAGGCCCAGAACGCCGGGGAGGAUGCCCGGUCGGGUACCCCGAUCCUCAGCCCGGGCCCCAAGCCCGGACUCCCAUCUGAGGAGAAACCAAAAGCCUCGUCUGAGGCCCAGGCAACUCCGGGGGGCCCCGAUGUGCCCAGUGUCCCCUGCCCAAAGCAGUGCCGCCGGACAGGCACCUUGCAGAGCAACUUCUGUACCAGCAACCUGGUGGUGACCGCAACAGUGAAGUCCAUGGUUCGGGGCCCAGGGGAGGGCCUCACUGUCACUGUCAGUCUCAUUGGUGCUUACAAAACCGGUGGCCUGGACCUGCCUUCUCCACUCACUGACACUCCCCUGAAGUUUUAUGUGCCCUGCAAGCAGUGCCCCCCCAUGAAGAAAGGAGUCAGUUAUCUGAUGAUGGGCCAGGUGGAAGAGAACAGAGGUCCUACCCUUCCUCCAGAGAGCUUCGUAGUUCUCUACCGGUCCAACCAGGACCAGAUCCUCACCAACCUCAGCAAGAGGAAGUGCCCCUCCCAACCUGUCCGGGCUGCUGGGUCCCAGGCCUGAAACCCAGGCCAGCUUCCCAGCCCCUAGCCCUAGGGACUCCUUUGUUAUCCAAAUAAAUGUUUCUUGACUGA